UAUAGAUCGUUUUCAUGGAAAAUGGAACCAAAUGCUCUAAACUAUUAUUGGAUCCAACUUGGACACGUUGCUGGGACAGAAGCGCAUCCUGUUCUUAUUUUAGUAGGAUUUUAUAUGAACUGAUUGGUAGUCGCCUUCUGUAUUGCGCAAAACUCGGAAUCUCAGCUCUUGAGAAACUUCAGUCGCUCAAUCAUCCAAAGUUCCAAACUUUAGCUCUUAUCUGCUGGUUUCUCUGGAAAUCUUGCUGUAAUCGGCCUUAGAUUUAUCAAGUUGCAGCUGGGACAAGGAGGAUGUCAACACCAGCUAAGAAAAGGUUGAUGAGGGACUUCAAGCGGUUGCAACUGGAUCCUCCAGCUGGCAUCAGCGGUGCUCCAUAUGACAACAACAUAAUGCUUUGGAAUGCUGUUAUUUUUGGCCCGGAUGACACUCCUUGGGAUGGAGGUACUUUUAAGUUGACGCUUCAGUUCAGCGAGGACUACCCAAAUAAGCCACCAACAGUGCGAUUUAUUUCUCGAAUGUUCCAUCCUAACAUUUAUGCCGAUGGAAGCAUAUGCUUGGAUAUCCUGCAAAACCAAUGGAGCCCUAUAUAUGAUGUUGCAGCGAUACUUACUUCAAUCCAGUCAUUGCUUUGUGAUCCAAAUCCAAACUCACCUGCCAACUCAGAAGCUGCACGGCUGUUUAGUGAGAAUAAGCGAGAGUAUAACAGGAAGGUGCGUGAGAUUGUUGAGCAAAGCUGGACAGCAGACUAAAUUAAGUCUGAUGUCUCCUCGCUCUGAGUUAGACCAGCUGGUUGCUUCUCUUUGGUCUGUUGAACUCAUUGUUGUUUGAUUCAUUAACUAAACAUGCAAUCACCAUUCCCACUGUUCGUAGGGACUAUGUCUGUUAUCUCUACUCUGUUGCUUAUAUAUGAGACAGUGACUGUACAUAAAUCUCCUGAAUCCGAGUUGUGGAACUUGAUGAACUUUCCCCCAGUUGGUGUCACCCUUACGAGCGACCGCGAACACCGUGCCAGACGUGGCCUGACUGCUGGGAGUGCUGGCCACUUGACUGUUGGUAUCCUAGUGCGUGGAGGUCUCCGGUUGAGUGGUGAGUGCUUGGUGGUGACUCUCCAAAGCUUGAGAACAGAGAUAUAGGAUGCCUUGUUCAGUUGUUCGUGGACAUCACAAGUCAUCAAAACAAAAGCUCCCGAGAAAUGAACGCCCAUAACCAAAGAUUCUUACUUGUGUCACACUGUCACAGUCCAAGGAUGGUGUAUUGAAAGUGAUCAGUGUGAGAUACGAGUCAUAUAACAGCAUCAAUGGUAGUAAUGGUAUCAGCAAUGCUUUUAAUGUCACUCAAAUAAGGAUCCAUAAUUGAGAUAUGAAUCCAUAAUUGACAACCGCCAUAAUUCCACUGGAUGAGCUGGAUUGGUAGACAACAAUUUUGCAAACACAAAUUAUAUCAGAAAUCCUUAGAUUAGUAUCUCAAUAAGAACAUGGGAGUUGUGUGUUGACAAGCUCAUGAAUCAUGAUGCACUCACUUGAUCAUAUGAAUAGAGUCCUGGUGGGAGAGAGGGUUGCGAAGAUUGAAUAUCUGUGCCAUUGUGGAAUGUGGAUACGGCAGUUGUAGAAAGGAGAUUAGCGGGGGUGUAGGGCAAGUCAGAUGAAUUUGGAGAUCUUGCGAAGCUUGAUGAAAUCAGGGAGGAUAGAUGUGGAGAAGGAAGAUCGAGUUUUGGAUGGGUGUAUCGGGCAAGAUGCAGGGAACUCGACUGAAAACGUUAUUGCAGGGAGGAAGAGGAGAGAUCUGGUUGUGGUGCAGGAAUGAGGCAGGCAAGGAUGACUCUGCUCGCCAAAAUUGAUGGGGAAUGAGGAAAUUGGCUGUCAGGGCAGAAUGUCAUUCGGAAGCGGCGGCUCCGACGAUUAGUUCAUGUAUUGUAAUAUUCUACCGAAAAUUUUAAAAUGCACAUAACAUGCUCGUUACCAAGCACGUAAUCAACUUGACAUAAGAAGCGUUUAAAAUUAAGUGAGUUUUAACUUUAGAGACCCAACUUUUUUACGUUAUAUACGAUGCGGCAAUAAGAAAUUUUAUGGAGCAUGUUACGUGCUCCUUAGAGAGCACGUGAGCCCACUUCGGAGAAGCACAUGUAACAAUAAAUCUAAAAGCCUAUACACGGUUGCUGCGUCCUGCAAGACUCAACGUUAUUACUUUGUAUAUUUUAUUAUUAUUAUUAUUAUUAUUAUUAUUAGUAUUAUUAUUAUUAUUAUUAUUAUUAUUAGGUUAUAUAAUAAUAUGAGCACACACAUUCC